AUGCGCCGGAAUAUUAUGUACAUAUUAAAAAUAUUGUCAUUAAAAAGAGUUCGUCAAGUCAAAGGUAGUAUCAAGAGUAAUCAAAAUAAAGUUUCAUUGUUGAUUAUCUUUGCUGCUACAGGUACUGGAAAGAGCCAUUUUGCUAAAAGGUUUUCAGAUAGGUUUAUAGAUGGUGAUGAUUUGAUCUUUAAUGACAGUAUUGGCAAGGAUCUUUUCACACAAGGACGCUUUGAUGAUCUUAACGAGCUUGCUCGAAAGAGACUUGGUGAAUAUAGUGGUGAUAAAAUAAUUUUAAGUUCAUAUUAUCCUCAUCUACCAACCAAUAGAGUUGUAUUUCAUAGGAUGGUGCAUGCUACUGAAAAAUAUUAUACACAAAAUUUUAUUUGGGAUGAUAUCCAAAAUAAAUAUCAUAGCACGGCUAACAAGAUGAAUUUAAAAGUUGCUGUUGAUGGAGAUUAUGAACCUACAGGAUUUAUAGCUUCGGGAUCUCGUACCAGCUUUAUACAUAAAUUCUGCAAUAUCGUAAUCAAUUGUUAUCCAAAUCAAGUGAAUUUUGCAGACAAUUUUGGGACUGUCGUUUCUGCGGUUCAGGAAAAUUUGAAGUAG